AUGGAAGCCUGUACUGCAACCACAAAAAAGAUGAACCAUUCUCGUUCAAUCAGCUUACCUUCCAGGCCUCAUCCUUCAGUAGAAGUUGUAGAAGAGCAACUGUGCAGAGUAAGGUCAUCAAACGCGGCAUCCACUUCAUCAUUCUGCAAUAAACUAACCGGCCUCAACGAAUUGUUUGAGUGUCUGGAUGACUUGCUCCAGUCACAAACUAUGCAGUCUUCUGAUUCUGAAGAUGUUCUCAGGGCAUCUAUUAGGCUAUUGGAAUUGUGCAACUCUACUAAAGAUGCAUUUUCACUAAUGAGAUCUUCUGUUCAAAAUCUUGAGUCAUCUCUACGAAGAAGAGAAGCUGAUGUAUCAAGCAAAGUUGGAAACUACUUGAUCUGUGUGAAAAAAGUCAACAAAAUGGUUUCUAAGAGCUUUACUAAUUUCAAGAAAUCUCAUGAUAAAAACCGUGACUCUCCUGCUAUUCUGAGCCUCCUAAAACAAGUUGAAGAAGUCAGUAUAACUGUAUUCGAGUCCCUCUUCUCAUCAGUCUUUCCUGCAACAUCAAAGCAAAACAAGUGGUCAAUGGUUUUCAAGUCGACACAAUCCAAGCAUCUACAUAAAGACAAUAACAACCAAGUUGAUAAAAUACAAUUGAACUUGGAAGCUCUGUACCAGCAGAAAAGAAAUUCGCAAUCUGAUCUGUUGAGAAUUCAAGAAACGCAAAAGUGUUUGAUGGGAUUGGACAUGAACAUGCAACAAGUUGAGGAGGAUCUGAAUAGUCUUUACAGAUCUUUGAUCAAGACCAGGUUAUUUGAGCAACAUCUAAAAGUUGAAAUUUCAGGUCUAUUUUCUCAUGAUUUAAAGAAAAAGUGUGCAGCUAUAUUAGCUCGUAACAUCUUGGGUGGCAAUGUCAGACCCCAAACCUAA